AACACAUUCCAAGAGCUGUCUCUGCAUGUCUCUCUCCCCCCCUGUCUCUCUGUCUCCCUGUCUCUCUCUCUCUCACCCUCUGUCUGUCUGCAUCGCUGGCCCUGAUCAGUUCUCUGACGAUCUCCAAAGAUGCUGGCGUGUGUUUGGCUCCUGCCCAGCCUGCUGUCCGUCGGCCUGCUUGCCCACUCAGACGCCCUGCACCCCCCUCCUCGCUUCCCACAGCACCUCGGCCUGCGCCUGUCCUCUCGGCUCGCACCCCAGGUUCCUGAGCUGCAGUCUAACCUGGCUCGGCCCUCUGGAGGGGAGAAGGCCAGGGAGAAGAUGUCUGAAAAACUGCUUCUUCUGGACCGCCUGGUCAGGAUGGAGAAUGAUGUCAUGGAGCCAAAGAGGAAGCGCAGUUUCCCAGGAGGCAACACGCCUUUGGACCGGCUGUCAAUCAGCGGCAUGGAUACUAAACAAGCAUCAAAGAAGAGAAAGGUAGUGGAGUUGCCGAGGCGGAGAAUCAGUCCAACGAUGGACAGAAUUGGGGUCAGCCGGUUACCCAACAAUCGAGGCUAGUCUUCCUGCAGCCACCCAAUAGCACCAUCCUGUGGACAGCUGUGGCAGUUCGGCGGAUGGACCUUCAGCUGAGAGCUAAAUUAAUGUGAGAAAAUAAGGUAUUGGGAUAGCGUUUUUCCUUUAAGGAGUGCACCACAACCGGCCAAUCACCAGCAUCGCUCUCAAAAGCUGGCUCCCACAGGCAACUAAUAAUACCCUGACAAUCCAUUGGUGCAUUGGUCGCAUCAAGAAGGUGAUACGUGUUAGAUAUUGCUCCUUGACCAUUCAUUUUAUAAAGAACCAGUGUGUGCCUUAACAUCACUGUGGAUGAUUCGGAUGUUAUCCGUAUUGUAUGGUGCAUUGUGUAUUACACUAUAUUUGGCACCAGUGGACAAAUUAGGAGAGAGACAAUCUCCCUUCUAUUGAUCAAACCAAAAACCCAUGGUGGAGUAUCCUACACACCUGCUUAUCCAUGCAACGCAUCACAUGGCAACGUCACACUGCUUCUCCUACAACCUAAAAACCGCCUAACUGCUGCUCCUGUCUCUCCUACACCUUAGCCUCCUCCCUUUUAACCUGCUCUUCUGACUCCUGGAGUAAGACAGGGGGCAGCAGUACCUUCCUUUCACAAUAUAAUUUGAGCGGCUCACACACGCACACAUUUCUGUCCAACGGGAGGCAUCUGCUUCGACCUGAAUGUGACACGACUUAACUUGAGUUGUUGGUUAGUAACCCUGAUAUUAGUUGACAGGUCUUGCUUAACACUGGGUGAGCAGGAACAUCCUUUUAUGCCAGAACCAGGUAGUAACCAGUUAUAACUGGUAAGUAACAAAUGGUGAUGAUGAUGCAACUGGUAAUAACAUAAUAUAAGUGGUAAUACCUGAUUAUGUUAGAACUGAUUAUAUCUGGUUAUGUUAUAACUGUUUUUUAGGACUGGUAAUAACUACCUGGUUAUAACUGUGCUGUCCUACCCCAAAAGGGGUCAGAGUUUAUUGUAUUUAGUUGCUCAAGCGUUCCAGACAGUACCUUUAUCCUGCCAUAGCAACGUUGAUACAUCUGACAAUGUCCAUGUGUAAAAACGUGUUGGUUUUUUUUAUGUGUUGCUCGUCUUUGCUUGAUUAUUAAACUGUACACAUUUAA